UAACCGCGUUGUAGCUCAGCCGAUGAUUUGUAUGGGAACCAGAACUGAGGAGGAUCUGGAUGUAGCCGCCGUGUUGCAGGAAUAAAGGAGGCCGUCUCGUCUGUGUUUUGGAUCAGUCGGACAGCUGCGCCUGCUCGGUUCUGUGGGGAGCUGAAUUCUCCUCUCAGCCAUCUUGAACCGCCUAGAAGGCUGCUCCCUCUCCUCCUCCUGCUCCUCCUCAGCUCAGAGGAAAGACGGCUUGCGCGUUGCUUGCAACUCCGGCGUGCAAGACCCCGAGGCGGCGCGAUGGGUUCGGUGCGCAGCCUCUAACCGGACAGGAGGUUUUCUGCGUGUUCGCACCAGAGCGGCAGAGAGGGGGGGACUCUACACGCCGCAGAGAUGGACCUGUUCGGGAUUUACCUGCUUCUCUCCGUCGCCCUCCUCCCUCGAUCCAGCGGCACCACGGCCAAGGAGAUCACCUGCCAGGAAAUAGCCGUGCCCCUGUGCAAGGGAAUCGGCUACAACUACACCUACAUGCCCAACCAGUUCAACCACGACACGCAGGACGAGGCUGGGCUGGAGGUGCAUCAGUUCUGGCCUCUGGUGGAGAUCCAGUGUUCACCGGACCUGAAGUUCUUCCUCUGCAGCAUGUACACCCCGAUCUGUUUGGAGGACUAUAAGAAACCUCUGCCUCCGUGCCGGAGCGUGUGUGAGCGAGCCCGGGCUGGCUGUGCGCCCCUCAUGAGGCAGUACGGGUUCCCCUGGCCGGACCGGAUGAGGUGCGACCUGCUGCCGCUGCAGGGGAACCCGGACACUUUGUGCAUGGACUACAACAGAACAGACUCCACCACUGCGUCCCCCGUGCUGUCCAAACCCACCAACCACCCGGGGAAGGGUUACAACCCUGUUAAAAAUAAACCAGGCCAACCCGGUGCGCCUGGGAAAUACAAGCCGCCCUCCGCGCCAUGUGAGCCGGGCUGCAAGUGUCUGGAGCCUAUGGUGCCAGUGAGCAAGGACAGACACCCGCUUUACAACCGGGUCAAAACGGGACAGAUCACCAACUGCGCCAUGCCGUGCCACAAUCCCUAUUUUACGCACGACGAGAGCGCGUUCACGGCGUUCUGGAUCGGACUUUGGUCCGUGCUCUGCUUCGUGUCAACUUUCGCCACCGUGGCCACCUUCCUGAUCGACAUGGAGCGCUUCAAGUAUCCGGAGAGACCCAUCAUCUUCCUGUCAGCCUGCUACAUGUUCGUGUCGGUGGGCUACAUCGUCAGACUGAUCGCAGGACACGAAAAGGUCGCGUGCAACCGGGAGUUUGACAUGGAGCACAUCCACUACGAGACCACCGGUCCCGCUCUCUGCACCGUGGUUUUCCUCCUCAUCUACUUCUUCGGCAUGGCCAGCUCCAUCUGGUGGGUCAUUCUGUCCCUCACCUGGUUCCUGGCCGCCGGGAUGAAGUGGGGCAACGAGGCGAUCGCCAGCUACUCCCAGUACUUCCACCUGGCCGCCUGGCUCAUCCCCAGCAUGAAGUCCAUCGCGGUGCUGGCGCUCAGCUCAGUGGACGGAGACUCGGUGGCCGGGAUCUGCUACGUUGGGAACCAGAACCUGGACAACCUGCGCGGCUUCGUUCUGGCCCCCCUGGUGAUCUAUCUGUUCAUCGGUACCAUGUUCCUCCUGGCCGGGUUCGUGUCUCUGUUCCGGAUCCGCAGCGUGAUUAAACAAGGCGGCACCAAAACGGACAAGCUGGAGAAGCUGAUGAUCCGGAUCGGGAUUUUCACCGUGCUGUACACGGUACCGGCCACCAUCAUCGUGGCUUGCUACUUUUACGAGCAGCACAACAGACAGAGCUGGGAGAUCACGCACAACUGCUCCAACUGUUUACUGGAGCGGGACCGCAGGAGUCCGGACUACGCGGUGUUUAUGCUCAAGUACUUCAUGUGCCUUCUAGUGGGCAUCACGUCCGGGGUGUGGAUCUGGUCCGGGAAGACCGUGGACUCCUGGAGGACUUUCUGCACCAGGUGCUGCUGGGGGAGCAAGGGCACCGGCGGGUCCAUGUACAGUGACGUCAGCACCGGGUUGACGUGGAGGUCCGGUACGGCCAGCUCCGUGUCCUGCCCCAAGCAGAUGCCCUUGUCCCAGGUCUGAGAGGGACUGGGAGAUAAACAGUGUCACACACACACACACACACACACACACACACACACACACACACACACACACACACACACACACACACACACACACACACACACACACACACACACACACACACACACACCUGAAUCCCUCUUGCUUGUUUCUAUUAGAGGUAAAAAUGGGCAAUAAAUCCAGUUAGUUUUGUCUCCAGCCUCAUUCUGAUGAUCAUUUGGGAUUAUUGUUGCAUUUUCUCCUAUAAUCUGGCGUUAAUGACAGUGUGUAAUCCAAUCACAGCAAAGGUGAGCCGGAUUAAGCCUUAAAAGUGCCCUGGUAUCUUUCUUACGGGUUCUUCUUUUGUAAUUGCAAAUGUAUUUAUAAAAAAAAUGUACAAAUGUGUAAAUUUGUGUAUAAAAGAAAACUUUAUGAGAGAUUGUAAAUUUGUACAAAGUGUAGAUGACUCCUCUUUUGUGAGAAAACAAAUCUGAGCUUUAUUUUGACAAUAAAACAUUAGAUAAGU